AUGCAAAGCCAGCGAAUAACCUCUGGGUCGUAUGACCAAAACGAGACAGCCGUAUUUUUAGCUACGCAGUAUCAAACCGAUACUGUAGUACCCGGCGCCAUUGAGCGCGAAAGCAAUGACACGGAAAUGGCCGACGCUGGCGGGAAUACUAGUGCUAGAGAGCACAAAGAGGGCGAAGAUGGUGAAGAUGAAGAUGAAUCGGAAGAGAGUGGGGCCGAAGAAACCGAGGAAAACGACGGUGGAAAGAGCGAAGAUGAGAAUAAUGAGGACGACGAGGCUAAGGAGCAAGGGGGUCAAGUCGUUGGAGAUAACAACCAACCGAUGGUUGUUCAUGGUGGUGACCCAAUGGUCAUCGAAGAUCUCGGAGUCGCAGUCAAAGCCAUUGAUCUUGAUGGUGAUAAUGACAUGACAGACUUGAUGAAGGAACUAUCUAUGGGGCUAGAGAAGCGAGAAGAAGUCCGUAAAGAGGAGAAAGAGGAGGAGGAACAGGGCCAAGGCACGAAACUGGAACGCGGUUGGGCCUAUUUUACCGGGCAAUGGAGCCCCAACUUACACGUUUCGAACAAACUUCUAUACUUUAAUUUGCACCUCACUGAGGAGGAAGUGGAGUGGUGUCGAAAGGUGAUGACCACGGGGCGGAAUAUAAAUGGCGAUGAGACGACUAAAAGCUUGGCGGACUACGUCCGAGAAGGACAGUACGACCUCCAACAUCGAAUUUGCGAGAUUGAAAAAUGGGCAAUCCAUUCCGGGACCACCCAACACGCUAGACAUUCCCAAUACGAGCUAUGGGUGCACAAGAUAGCCAACUCCAUUGGACAACUAGAAGCAUUUGCGGAGAACUUCGAUUUGGGAAAAAUUCUUGGCUGCGACCAAGAAACUAGCGAGCUACCGCUGACAGGUAGCGAAGUCCUCGCGCUCAUCCACAUCUGCGGCAAGUACCUUGGAACCGGUGUCGACCGUGAGUUGAUCAUGGGCCUCGAUAUCCUAACUGUCUCUGUGAUAUUCGAUGCGGUUCCAAUCCCUUACGUAGACCCGGAGAUUGUCCAUUUUAUUUUAGAUACAGCCCGUCGCUGCUCUCAGCGAAAAAAUGGCUCUGGCUUUGGACCAUGGGGUCAGAUUGACUUUCAAGAUAUUGACUUAAGUGGUGACAAAGUCACCCAGUUCGGCUCCGCCGACCGAAGCCUCACCGGUGACCAAGAUCUUAACAACAAGGUCAAGCCUGCUGAACUUUUGACGAUGAUAAUGGUUAAGGCAAUACACCCAGUCCCUUCUCGGAUUCAGCGACACUUUCCAAAACUGGCUACUUUAUUUAUGGACAAAGGUCUGGAGUGCAACAUCGGGCAGCUGAAGAAAAAACGCGGACAGCAUUACGUUUGCAAGGCCGUCGUCAAGUGUGCAGGUCUCGGUUUUAAAGUCUGGACUGUGAAAGCGAGGGCGAAAUCGACAGGGACCGUUAUCAAGAAUCUCUCCAUUCAACUCUACCACGAAAUCGAGUCCGCGUAUCUCUUGAACCACUUGAAAUAG